GCCUGGUGCGCGGGCGUCGCUGGCGCAGCGAGGCGGGAGUUUCAAACUCGGCGGGCGGGGAGCCCUCCCGGCUCGGUGUCCUUCGUCGCGGGCGGUGCUGGGUUCUGUCUCCGUCAGGGGAGAAAAAUCCGUAGGAGUUUGAGGAGGACUCUAUAAAUGCUUCUGUGCUUCAGGUGUUCUCACACUGAAGCUGAAUAUCAUGCUUGUCUUUUGGAAAGGUUUGGAUACCUGCCUUGUGCAUCAGGGAAAGUGAUCAUCGUGGACUUCAAGAAAUUAUACCAACUAAAACCUUCCUUCUGACAACAAAGAAGCUAGAACAAUGGGAGUGACUAAUCUGUGGCAAAUCCUUGAGCCUGUGAGACAGCCUGUCAACCUGAGCAGUCUCAAAGGAAAAACACUUGCUGUUGAUUUAAGUUUGUGGGUUUGUGAAGCACAGACAGUUAAAAAGAUGAUUGGAGUAGUUACCAAGCCACAUCUCAGAAAUCUAUUUUUUCGGUUCUCUUUCUUCACAUCAAUGGGAAUUCAACUAGUGUUUGUCAUGGAAGGAGAGGCCCCCAAGUUAAAAGCAGACACCAUGAGUAAGAGGAAUGAGAUGCGCUAUGGACCUUCAAAGAAAGUUGGAGCUGCCAGAACAGGGAGAUCUUUAUUUAAAGCCAUGUUAAAAGAGUGUCUUGAACUUCUGGAGUGUUUAGGUGUCCCUUGGGUUCAAGCAGCUGGGGAAGCAGAGGCAAUGUGUGCCUACCUAAAUGCAAAAGGACACGUCGAUGGCUGCAUUACCAAUGACGGAGACGCUUUCUUAUACGGAGCUCAAACAGUUUAUAGGAACUUUGCUAUGAAUGCCAAGGAUCCACAUCUUGACUGUUACACAAUGUCCUCUAUUAAGGAGAAACUUGGUUGUGACAGAGAGUCUUUGAUUGGGCUAGCUGUUCUGCUGGGUUGUGAUUAUCUUCCAAAAGGAGUUCCAGGAGUUGGGAAGGAACAAGCUUUAAAGUUAAUUGAGACUCUGCGAGGUCAAAACUUACUGCAAAGAUUUGAUCAGUGGAAAGAACAAUUCCAGUAUGAUGAUAAUCCACCUUUGGUUGUUAAAAGGGUAAUUCACUGUUCAGAGUGCCAUCAUCCAGGAUCGUACAAGGAGCAUGAGCACAGUGGAUGUCAGUUCUGUGAAAGCAUAAAAUACUGCAAACCCAGUGACUCCAAACACUGCCCUUGCGAAUGGCAUCGGUUAGAGCAAGUGAAACAAGCAAGCACCGUGGAGGACAGCAUCAGAAAAAAAGCUAAGAGUUGUGAGGGCUUUCCAUUCUCUGAGGUUAUCCAAGAAUUUCUUGUAAACAAGAAUAAAUUGAUCAACAUAAAGGAAUGUCAGAGGCCAAAUUUAUUGUCCUUUCAGAUAUUUGCUUCAGAGAAGAUGGAAUGGGCCAAACAUUAUGCUUGUAAGAAACUGUUAGCACUGUUGACACGUUAUGAUAUGAUCCAGAGAAAAUCUGGAUACACUGACUCGAAACAACUGCAGGCAAUAAGGAUUGUCAAGACACGUGUUAAAAAUGGAAUACCUUGUUUUGAAAUUGAAUGGCAAAAACCAGAGCACUAUGUUGAUCCAGAAGAUGAGCCUUUGGAAUCAUUUGUAGUCACAGUAGAAGAGGAGUCUUUGUUUCAGGCUGCGUAUCCUGAUGUUGUUGCCCUUUAUCAAGUGGAAAAGUCAGAAGUUCAGAAGAAGAAGAAGAAAAAAGGGAAAGACAGACCAGAAGAAAAGGAAUUAUCAAGUGCUUAUGAUGAAGUUAGCAAUCUGCUGUCCCAAGUUAGUUUAAAAUCUACCUGUGGAAUUCUUUCUGUGCAACCCUCCACAUCAGAUACAAAACCUCCUCCCAAAUAUCAGAGACAGCAGAGAAGUAAUGAAUCAAAAGAUGCAGCGUUAACUGCAGCUUCCUGCAGAACAACUGUUUGGGUGCCAGCAACAGCAGCUACUCCUCCUCUGCCUGCAUCAUCCUACUUACAGAGUGCUUUGGCUGACUCAGUUGUGUUGCCCUCACAACGUACCAAACAUUCAGGGAUAUCAUCCUCUUCCUCUGUAACAGCUGAUCUACAACUGAGUAGUGUUGAUGGGAAAGGAACCUUCUUCAGCACUUCACCAGCCCAGGGAGGUGAUGACCAAAAUCCAGCAGCUGACUUAACUAUAUGCAUAAAACAUUUGCAUCCACUAGGUCAUGAAACAGCAAGAAAUAGCUCAGAAUAUUCAAGUGUUGUGCAGUCUGAUCAACAUUCUGAUAGUGCAGAUGAUUUGUUUUCAGAUGAUGCUACAGGACAAAUUCAGGAGUGGUCUUUAAGAGAGAGAAUACUUCGGAAGACUUCCAUUCCAUCACCGCCUUUGUCUGAAGAUGUAAUGCAGCGGGAGUCUUUGAAAUGUUUUAAACAAACAAAAGAAAUGUUGAAUCUUGAUAGAAAUUAUGUCUCUUCUUCAUAUCAGUUAAAUAAACUAGUUCAGGAAAGUAAAAAUGUGCUAUCAGAAGACUGUGCAAGUGAAUCCAGCGUACACAUCUGUCAAGAUCAGUACAGAAAAGCUGAUAUCUUGGCUGAAAUGAUGCUAAAAGACCAUAAUAUAAGUGGUUCAGCAUCUCUAGCCCUCAGUGGGCAAACAACAGAAACACUGCAUCCUGGGUGUGAAAUGCUUCCAAUGUCUCAAAAGCCAGCAGAUGCAAUUGGCUGUCAUGUUAAAAAAGCAUGUAUUGAAAAUAAUUGCAAAGCUGCUUCUAAAAAGAGUGUGUGUCAGAACAGACAUUCUUCUAGUGAAGACAGUGAUGAUGGGCACGUGAAUAAAAUCCUGAUUUAUGGGCAGCAGAAAAAGCAACUGAACCCUGAUCAGUUUAAAAAAAGUUUUACAAAGAAAAAGAGUAGUGCUGUUAGUAGCCAAAGGACAAACAGUGAUUCAGCCCUUAUAACUAAAGGGAAGAAGACAACAAUCAAUUUAAAGAAAGCUGAUGAUACUUUCUCAUUGCAGGGAUGUCCAAAACCAUCCUCUGUAGGGGAAGUUAAUUGUUCCCCAAGUCCAGAGCAACCAAUUAAAAGGUUGGGUUCUGAUCCCACACAGCAAGAGAGAAGUGCUGUUCUGACUUACAGCUGGGCAGACAGUCCCCUUCCCCUGUCUGAAAGACUAAAAAGAAGAAUCAAAAUCAAUUAGGUUUUCCAUAAAAUUACAAUUAACUAUGAACCAUCAGCUCUUAGAGUUCUUUCUUGAAGUUUCUGCAAUAUGCUCUAUCAAUUUUAUGUGGACAUGGUGAUGAAUAAGAAGUGCUGUUACUCGAGCUGAAGUUUGAAACUGUUAACAAAAGUACCAUAAAGCUGAUUGUAGCAAGUUCCAGUUAUUCAGGACACUGUUGCUUUCUGAACUUGAUACAUAAGAAUUAAGGUGCAGCAUAUAAAGAAGCAGGGAGAUUUAUUUAUGAAAUAAGCCUUUUUUUUCCCAGCCAAUUGUGAGGAUUUUUGUAUUACUCUUGCUUAUAUAAACAGUUUUAUUAAAAUAGCACCUGCAGUGUUUUGAAUACUCUUAAUAAGACUAAGUAAUGCAGCUCUUAUCAAAUGGAAUUCUCCAUUUUGUGUCACUAACCUAAUUUUGCAAGUUUUAAAAUGGCUUUUCAAAUCCUGCCAUUCUGCUUGUGUUGACAGCCUCUGAAGGACCACACAGAGACACACAGCAGAUAUACCUUGCAGGGUAGCUAAGUUUAUAUGUGCCAUGACCUAUAAUAAGCUGUUCUUUGAGAGUGCGCAUCUUCCAAAGAGUGGAAUAAGCCAUAAGGAUAAUUCUGGUUUUGUAGCAGUCAUGUAUAUAUACUCUAUUUAAGGAAAUUUGAUGACUGUUUAAUUAAGCAUUUGUAGUUUAGGGCACAUUUUCUUAAAGAUUGAAGUCCUGUCUAACACAAUUGAUAAUAGAGUGAGAGUUAAGUUGCAGAAAAUCUAAUUAUGACAUUGCAGAUUCUCUGAACAAUAUAAUGUAAUUUUUUUAAAUUAGGAACUUGAGUGCAAUUACAGUUUUGAAGGUGCUCUUCCCACCUCUUUAUUAGAGAAGUAAUCUUUAUUCGUACACCAAAAAAAUUGUUUUCAACAGCUUAUUAGGAAAUGCCUCCUUGUCUACAUUUAAGCAUUUGUAACUUUUUCUAUGCACCAGUCAGAAGGGAGCACACAUGUGCCAAGAUAUAUUGUUAAUAGUAGAAAUUUAGAAUAUUUAUGCCUGAAUGAAAAUGUCAGGUUUUAUUUCAUAAAGUUCAGAAGCUAAAUUCCAGAUGUAUUUAAGGAAGACAUAGGAGUCUAUGGAUAAUACAAUUAGCCAAAAUAGUAGUUUCUUAGUUUCCUCUAUGGGUAGACGGAGAAAAUUUCUUUAUAGUUGAUUUUCCAAAUGAGAUGUGUUGUGGAAAUGAGCAAAAAAAUCCAAAAUAUUGGAAACUUAUUUUCAGUUUUAAAGAUGGUGUGUGUCUUUUGGAGACUCCUAAGCACUCAGCUGAUGUGAGAAGGUAGCUAGAAGAGUAGUAUUGUGAAGAAGAGUAACAGUAGCAGUAUUAUCACCUGGGGAGUGUAAAUGAAGAGAUACAUAGCAUCACACAAGGGGUUUGGGUUGCAAGGGACCUUAAGUAUCAUCUAGUUCCAACCUUCCUGCCAUGAGCAUUUCUUAUGCAGUGGUCAGAAAUUAAGAGAUCUGAGUAGAGGGGUUUUUUGGGGAAAACAUUGUUAUUGGUUAUGUAUCAUUUUUUUCCGUGCUGAUAAUUUUGAAUACUGAGCACUGGAAUCAAGAGUAUGAAUUUUCAUUAAUAAAAAUGCCAACAUCAUGUGAAUUACCUGACUUUUGUUCUCUCCCAGGGUAUGGGAAUGUGCUCUCUUGUUGUGGAGAUGAUACAAUUUCACCCACGCUGUGUGAAUUUCUGUGGUUUAGAGCUUUCUUUAGAAUUGGGGGGCCAGAGUGGUUUUUGGAGGGAUUUUUAUGUGUUUUCCAAAUCAGAUUGGGAUGACUGCUUUAAUGGAUGAUUUGCUAAAAUACUGUACCAGAAUUAUGACAGGUUCAUAUUAUGAUUAUAUCUCAUUUCUGAUUUUCAUCAUCCACAUAAGAUAUUAAGAACUGCGGAGGAAAAAAAUGUUAUUGCUACUAAUUAGUCUGGUUUCACAAGUACAGUUCAAGCAUGAAAAGCAGAAAAUGUUCAAAUUUUUUCAUAUGCAAUGCAUCCUGAUUUUGUUUUCUGCCACUACUUUAGAAGCAACAAUAGGUGUGAAAAAAACCUGUGGAGGAUGCCCUCUCUAUUUAGGCUGUAGCUGCUCCUGGCAGCAAAUAAAAGCAUUUAUCAGUGGAGGUGACUGUUGCUUAAAUUAAACCUGUGAUUCAUUACAGAAGGGUAAUUACAGAUUUUAAAGUGUUUUGGUUUCUCAUCUUUAUGUAAUUUACUCAAUCUAAGGAUUACUAUAAUUUUUCUUUAGAGCUUUUUACUGUGCUGACUGCUUUGCAACCUCUCACACUCAUGAGAAUGAUGUUUAAAGUGAGGGGGUGUAAUAUAACUUUCUUCUGCAGGAAAUAUUCCUACAAAAUUAUGUUAAACUGCCUGUAAGAAUAAAUCAAUGUGAUGCAUCAG